AUGAUAUCAAAAGGGAAGGAUAGUGCAAUUGAAAAUUUAGAAAAGUCAAACGUUGCUUUUAUUGGUAAAUUAGCGGUAGCUAAGAAAGAAUGGGUUACGUCAUCAAUACCACCUAUCGAUCAUUACAUUCUUAAAUUUGAUCAAUCCAAUUUAGUUACGCUUCGUGGAAGAAUUUAUGAAAAAAUGAAACAAUUUCAAUAUCAACAAAAAGGUGCUAAGGAAUGUGUCUUGCCUGAUUCAGAUGAUAUGGAAGCUGAAGAAAUUGAAAAUCUCAUUCCGAUGAAACCAACUGUGGGUAAUACGUAUUUGGCUUGUAUCACUGACAAUUUGGCUAAAAUCGAAAAAUUAAUUCUUUUGGAAGAAGCGGAGUUAAACGAUGUUGUUCGAAAAGCCAAUGAGAGAAGAAGAUCGGUUUUAUGUUAA